UGACGUAUAAUCUAGUGGACGGAACGCAAUGCUGUUAGUGUGACGUAUAAUCUAGUGGACGGAACGCUUCUUUUAGCAGCAGCAACAGUUAGUCAGACACCUCUGUAGCUUGCUAGCCAAAGUAGCCGAACCCAUAAAGCUCUUUAGACGCUUUAGUGUAUAUUAGCCACUGUAUUUUAAACCCUUGUCUGUCGUCUAGUUGGUUAGUUAUCCUAUUUAAUUUCAUAUUUACGGUGCUGUUGUUAUUAUUCAGCUAGCGGGCUGGUUAAGUUAGCAUUAGCCUAGCUAACAUCUCCGACCAUGAGUUCACUAAAUUACUCUCUUCCUGCUGAAGAAGAGACGGUCCGUUGGACGGAGAAAGAAGCUCUCAUCAAAGAGGAGGAGGAAGAGAAGGAUGUUACAAUACAAAAACAAGCAGAGGGUGAGGUUGUUACCCUGAAAGAAGAAGAUAAAGACGUUUCAGUGAAAGAAGAGGAAGACGUUACAGUGAAAGAAGAGGCGUUCAGAGUGAAAGAGGAGGAGGGUGUUACAGUAAAAGAUGAGGAGGAUUCAGUUUUUGAAGUGAAAGCGGAGGAGGGGGAGUUUACGGUCUCAUCGGAAGAAGAGGAGGAGGAAACUGAAUAUCUGGGCCCGAUUUCCCAAACGCAAUUUAAGGCAUCCUGUGGUUCUAAAGAUGAACUUAGCCAUAAGAUGGUUUUGAGAAACUGGGCCGUGAUUACCACUGGAGAGAGACGGGACUACCGUGGGUCCUCUGGGGAGCCUCAACAACCUCAUGAUGCUGACAAGGCAGAGAAGAGUUUCUCCAUAUCAGAACACCUCAAGAAACACCAGCAGAGAUCCACAGGGAAGAAACCUCACUGCUGCUCUGACUGUGGGAAGAGAUUCACCUCCUUAGCAGGCAUUAAAAUUCAUCAGAAAAUCCACACAGUAGAGAAACCUUAUAGCAGUCAAUGUGGGAAGAGUUUUACUCAUUCAACCAGCCUGAUAUCACACCAGAGAACACACACAGGAGAGAAACCGUAUAGCUGUGAUCAAUGUGGGAAGAGUUUUGUUACAUCUGGCCAUCUGAAGAUACACCAGAGAACACACACAGGGGAGAAUCCGUAUAGCUGUGAUCAAUGUGGGAAGAGUUUUACUACAUCUGCCCAACUGACUCUACACCAGAGAACACACACAGGAGAGAAAUCUUAUAGCUGUGAUCAAUGUGGGAAGAGUUUUACUCAGCUAAGCAACCUGAUAUCACACCAGAGAACACACACAGGAGAGAACCCGUAUAGCUGUGAUCAAUGUGGGAAGAGUUUUACUACAUCUGCCCAACUGACUCUACACCAGAGAACACACACAGGAGAGAAACCUUAUAGCUGUGAUCAAUGUGGGAAGAGUUUUGCUGCAUCUAGCACUCUGACUCUACACCAGAGAAUACACACAGGAGAGAAAUCUUAUAGCUGUGAUCAAUGUGGAAAGAGUUUUGGUCGAUCUGGCCAGCUGACAUCACACCAGAGAAUACACACAGGAGAGAAAUCUUAUAGCUGUGGUCAAUGUGGAAAGAGUUUUGGUCGAUCUGACCAUCUGACAUCACACGAGAGAAUACACACAGGAGAGAAAUCUUAUACCUGUGGUCAAUGUGGGAAGAGUUUUAAUACAUCUGGCUCUCUGACUGUACACCAGAGAACACAUACAGGAGAGAAACCUCAUAGCUGUGAUCAAUGUGGGAAGAGGUACACUGAUAAAAGAUCUCUGAUAAAACAUCAGAAAAUACAUGGAGUUGUUUCAUGAUAUCAAUGAAUUAAUGUCACAAUGUGGAAUGUUUUAACAUUGUAGUAGGAGUAUUUUAAUGAUGUCACAAUGUAGAAGCCUAAAUGUUUGUCCCCUGUUCUAUUGAUUUCAACAUAAUAUGGAUAUUAGCCUCAGGGGGGAAAUCCAGGCUCUGAAUUGAAAGAGUACUAUUUAUGUGAUUUAACAAAAAGUGACUAACACAAAAAGAGCUGUGUUACACUUACCAUGUUGAUGACCCACUUGAAUCAAAAUGCAGCACUUCAAAAUGUAGCGAUCUAUUUUCUACAAAUUGUCCUCUAAUCAGGGAUGUACACAUACUCCCAGAUUCUGUGUGGUUUUUGAGCUGUUAGUUUUAACAGGACGUGCAACCUCAUCUCCCUUCUGUCACACAAUUAAUUUUGACAUGAUAUCGAUGAGUGAUGACAAAUAAGUUUUGUGUUCCUUUGUUUAGCGACCCCUACAUUUAAAUACAUCACUCCAAAAUGUAGCUGACUGUUUUCUGCAGGUUGUCCUCUAACCAGUGAGGUAAAAUAUAUCUCCCAUUUCCAUGUGUUUUUUUUAGUUGUGUUAGUUUCAACAGCAGGUACAACCUGAUUUCCCCCCUAAUCGAUAUCAGUGAUUUAUUGCUACUUGUCAAAACAACAGUGUUUCUGGUGCUUGUGCAGUUUAUAAGGAGCUUGUUUUAAAAAAUAUUAUUGUGGCAGAUGUUUGUGUAUAUACCACAUGUUAGGUUUUCAAUUUAUCCCAAACUGUUUCUGCAUAUUGGUUAUUGAUUUGGACACGUUAAAACUGUGUUUUGACAUUGGGGCUAUCCCACCUAGAAACUAUGCAACCAAAUAUUUCAUAUUUACAUUUCAUGUAGCAUUUGGUAAUGGUAAUUAUUUAUGCAACCAACUGACAAUUAUAUUGACAUUGAAUUCUGCUUUUCUAAAAGCACAUUCUCAGAUGUGCCAAACCAAAUGUACUAGAGCAUGACAUUGGGGUCUGAGCCCCGAUCCAACAACAUGCCUAUCUAGUGAACCCUGAAAAGAGAGAGAAGCUCCACAGUGAGGUGGAAAGUUACUACGAAUAUUGCUGGAGUUUCCUCUUGAAAUCAGACAUGUCUGUGGUGAGAACAACCUGGUUGCUGAUUGUCUCAAGGGGGGCAGUCAAAAUGUUUUGCGUUUAGCCAGUGCAUUGCCAUGGAUCACAAUUUAUUUUGACUGUUUUUCCGUAUUGGAGAUGAGUUUUGUUUGGGCUCGUUUCAAGGGGACGAGAGUUCUAGAAGUUAGUGAGUUUUAGGUUUCUCUGUGGGAAAAAUAAAUAUUGUUUUUAGUUGUUGUUAGACAGACACCAUGUUUAUAUUGGUGAUGGUGAAGCAUUGUAGUUGAUUCUAAUGUGACAUGGAAGUUGUUUUCUGUUGGUGGUGAGCAUUCUCUUAAGCUUUUGGUUUUUCCAUUUAUGUUUUUAGGUUGGACUUUAGCACGUAUAGCUCGUCAGCACGUAGGACCCACUGAUUGGUGUCACCUCGUUAGUCAGUAUGUGUUACACCUGUGCUGGCUUGUCCAUCUCGUUAGUGGGAAGGUGUUUCACCUGAGCUGGUCCAGGUUCUAUUUAAGAGUGUCUGGCCCAGUGCUCCAGUUGUCUUGAUAGAUGUGGAGAGUCAACACCUUUAGUUGCUCCACUUUUUUGGUUUGCUUCCUGUCUUUAAGUUUGGUGUGGGUUUUUCUUUUGUUUCCCUCUUCUUGGUUAGAUUUAGUGGGACUCAUGGUGGGUGUCUUUUGUGUCCCAGUUGUUGUUACUAGUCAAACUAGUCUUUCAGAGCCCCUCCUAAAAAAACAAGCUGAUAUUUUGGGUUGGAUGUUGCAUCCAAUUAAUAUUUUAAUCAAUGGCAUUUCCUUAGAAUGUUCAUUAGUCUUUCAGUUGUUAAUCUUCUGUUUUUUUUAUCCUGUUAUUUUUGUGUACUAAGUAUUUCUGUUUAUUUUCAUUGUUUUCUCCUGUAAAGCCAUUGUGUAGCAUCCAUGUCUGAAAUGUGCUGUAUAAAUAAAGCUUGAUUUGAUUUCAACAAA